AAAACGUCUACUCCAACUUCGACUAGUGCCAAAACUCGUGCACGCAGUCCGUCGGUCAGUAAAUCCAACUCACCUACAGCAUCGAAAACUCCGGGAACACGUUCUUCUAGUACCUCCAGCGCUACGAGGGCUCCGAUUACAGUUCCAAAACAACCAAGUAGUCCUACUGUUGGGAAAACUCCAAGUACCUCAUCUAAGUCCGGCGCUAACGUGACCCCUGCAAAGAGUGUCACUCAAAAAAUGACUGUUGCUAAAACUUCUACUACCGCUACCACUGCAAAAACAACUGUUACAUCUCCGAAAACGAAUUUGGCGGCUCCUGCUCGGAAAGCUACCACAAAUAUUAGUAGCUCUGCUACUACCACCGCACCAAAAAAAUCACCAACAGCAGGUACUACACCCCCUGCUAAGGUAACUAAUACUUCAACACCCGCUUCAAAGAAUAAAAUUGCACCAUCUACGGCGAUCCCAACCAAGCCUACGGCAUCUAAGAGUGCUGGCUCAGUCGAAAACGAUUUAAAAAAUGGUACUUCAGCAGAUGAUGGCUACAAAGAAAAGAACGAAGAGCUCACAAGAUUAAUUGAAGAAAAAGAUAAGAUGUUGAAAUCCUGCCAAGAUGAAUUGGAAGAACUUAAA